UUCGCUGGCAUCAACGUGGGAAUCAAAGUCAUGUGAGUCUUGCACCAUUUGUUUCGGAUCUUCUCCUCUUUGGCACCUAUUAGGGUUUCCGGAUGUUAUAAAACUCCUAACAAACACCACCAGUCCUGUCAGCAAAAAUAGAGAACACCCCUCAUUCUUCUCAGGUGUGAACACCAUGUUUCUCCUCCCAGACCAGGUUGUCCUCCCACGUAGUUCCACACGAUCGCUGCCUCAUAGCCUUCAAGACUGCGUACAAUCACUUCCACCUUAAUACACCAUGGCUUGAAUUAUCAAUUUGUUAAUGAAGCAUGGCUUGUGUUGAACAAGACAGACUAGGUCAAGCCUUUGAAGAUGCUUUUGAGGUGCUGAAACAACAUUCAAGUGGAGACCUUCAGUAUUCCCCAGAUUACAAAAAUUACCUGACUUUCAUCAACCACUACUCUCACGUCAGAGGAAAUUCCAGCUGUUACUCCAUGUCCCCUCCAGAGGAGCCUGUCUGUAACUGGAGAGCGGUAAUAAACAGUGCUGCAGAUCUCUAUUUUGAAGGAAAUAUUCAUCAGUCUCUGCAGAACAUCCCAGAAAGCCAGCUGACAUCAUCUGCUGUUCUCCAGUCAAAGGGAGGAAAAGGCAGGAAGAAGCUCCGCCUGUUUGAAUACCUGCACGAAUCCCUGAGCAACCCUGAGAUGGCAUCUUGUAUCCAGUGGAUCGAUAAAGCCAAAGGCAUCUUUCAGUUUGUAUCAAAAAACAAAGAAAAACUUGCCCAACUUUGGGGGAAAAGAAAAGGCAACCGGAAAACCAUGACAUACCAGAAAAUGGCCAGAGCACUAAGGAAUUAUGGGAGAACUGGGGAAAUCACCAAAAUCCGUAGAAAGCUGACAUACCAGUUUAGUGAGGCUAUUCUCCAAAGACUCUCUCCAUCUUAUUUCUUGGAAAAGGAGUUCUUCUACUCACCGUAUAUUCAGCCUGAUCAAAACUAUCUCAGUUUAAAUACCUGGCAUGCAAAUUAUAAUUCUUUAACUGCCAACUACCCUGAGAUAAGCCACCCUGUUUGCUAAAUAUACCCUUCCAUGUCAUGCUUUCCAGUCAUCAGAAAUCACUAAAAUUUCAGAGUUUUUCUCGUAAAAACAAAUACUGAGGGAAAAGCCAAUGAACUGACUAUUCUGUCAGUGAAUAACUUUACAAUGAUCAAAUCCCAUUUGAAAGUAUAGACUAAAUGUCCUUGUUCUUAUCAUCUAUGCAAUACUUUUUUCCAGAUUAACAAUGCCAAUAGAGAUGGUUUGAUUUAUAUAUUGAUUAAAACAUUUGUUUCCUGUCCUAUAUUUAAAAUAAUCUUUCUAACAUAAUUGAUGAUUUUAAGCAGCAAAGCAAAAAAGGGAUUGCAUAGGAUAGUGUUCAUGCUAAAAUAAGUUUGUAGUUUUUAAAGCUUCUGUGGCUAUCCUGAAUCUAUAUUUUCUCGGUACUGAAGUCCUCACAGUCUGGCGCUAAAGAAAUGAGAUGGUCUAAAGAAAUGCCACAGACCUUAAUGAUAAUAAUACUCAGCUAACAUCUCCCACAAAUUAGUCUUUGGGUUUCUGCCUGGGAUAGAUGCAGGAGCUGGCGUUGCUUGCUAUCCUGUUAUUCAGCCACGGGGAGGCGCUUUCGCGCUGUUUCUGGCAAAACUGUCCAACUUGCUUUCUUGGUUCUCCCUUUGAACUAGCUUGCUGAGACCAAGUUGGAACAGUGGAGGAAAAAAACAAAAACUGAAAGAAUAAGGAGAGAAAAAGCGCAAAAACCCAGAGAAAGCCAGGAUUUACAGAGCCUGGCUUAAAGCUGUGGCUCAUUCUGCACUUGGGAAGAAACCCUUUGUUUCCUCGGACUUUGCAGCACCAGGCAGAUGGAAUCUCUGUUAAGAAGCAGAGCUUCCUAGACUACAUGGGUCAUUUUUAGGCCAGACCAAGAGCUUCCUGGACCCUUCCCUGUAAGAUUUGCUGCGUUUGUCUUUUUUUUU